AUGAAUCAGUUUGGAAGAUGUCGAAUCAGUCAAGUUCAAUAUUAUUUUACUUAUACAGUUGAUUUACCGUAUGAACUGACUAAACAUUUUCUAGCAUAUGUUCGCUGGUAUCAACCUGCAAGUUCUCCAAAUGUUCGAUAUCAUUUUAACAUUAAAGAAACAUGUAAUGUUGAACUAUAG